AUGGGGCUGUGGGAGGAUGCCCUGGGCGUUGCGAAGGCGCAGCAGCAGCAGCAGCAGCAGCAAGCUGCAGCAGCAGACAAGCCUGAAGCCUUCACUGCAGCAGCAGCAGCAGCAGCAUUCAACUGCGGCGAUUAUGAGGCGCUGCAGUUCUACAGCAAACAGCUAGAAGAGCCUUAUGCGAGGUACUUCUACACUGCAGCGGGGCAUCACGGCUUACAUGGUUCUGCUGCUGCUGCUGCUGCUGCUGCAGCAGCAGCUGCUGCAGGAGCAGCAGGAGGGUGUGAGGAUAUGAUGGAGGGUACCAGCAGCAGCAGCAGCAGCAGCAGCAACGGCAGCAGCAAAGUGCUGUCAGCCCUUCAGCUGCUGCAGGUGGAGGCCUUACAUGCUGCUGGACGAGGUGCAGCAGCAACAGCAGCAGCAGCAGCAGCAGCAGCAAGCAGCAACAGCAGCAGCUGCUUCUCCGCUAGCCUGCAGCGGCUACCCCAUGAUGCCUUGCUGCUGCCAGGGGCGCUGCGCAAGGUCGCAGCAGCAGGGAGUUUGCUGCUGCCGUCUGCUGAAGUGUAUGCGCUGCUGCGCUGCACUGCAGCAGCAGCAUGCUGCAGCAGAACGGAGGUUUAUAGCGGGUCGCUGCUGCAGCUGUUGCUGCCGCUGCUGCACUACCAGCAGCAGCAGCAGCAACAGCAGCAGCAGCAGCAGCAGCAGCAGCAGCAGUGGGACCCGUGGUGUCUGCUGCUGACAGCUCGAGAGCUACGCCGCUUGGGGCAGCAGCAGGAAGCCUUGCAGCUGCUGCUGCUCGCCACAAGCUGCAGCAGCAGCAGCAACAGCAACAGCAGCAGCAGCAGCAGCAGCAGCAGCAAGUUCAAUCUGGGUAGGCUUCAACUUCCUUCUUUGCCUCGUCCCCUGCAGGAGCUGCUGCACAUGCAUCCGCAGCAGCAGCAGCAGCAGCAGGAGCUGCUGCUGCUGCUGCGUGCAUGCAGAGCAACUGGCCCGGCUCCUGCAACAGCAGAACUAGGAGCAGCAGCAGCAGCAGCAGCAGCAGCAGCUACAGCAACAGCAGCAACUUCAGCAGCAACACCUCAACAAGAAGAGAAACUACAGGAUGCUGCUGCUGCUGCGCUGCAGUGCUGCUGCCGGCUUACUCUAGCAAACUGGAUGGACGAGCUGCAGGAGCUGCCGCUUGACUGGAGAGGCAGCAGCAGCAGCAGCAACAGCAGCAGCAGCAGCAGCAGCAGGUUCAUCUCUGCUGCUACUGCAAACUCUCUGCUGCGGUAUGCUGCAGCAGCAGAAGCUGCACCGCCUGCGCUUCGCUGCUGCUACUGCAAACUCUCUGCUGCGCCGCAGCAGCACCAGCAGCAGCAGCAACAGCAGCAGCAGCAGCAGCAGCAGCAUCAACGGGAGAGAAUGCAAGAGAAAGAAGCAGCAGCAGCAGCAGCAGCAAUGCAUGCAGAGGCUUCUGCUGCUUCGACUCUCUUCCUUGAGGAGAUGCCGCAGCUGCCUGCUGCUUUGCGGGGCUGGCAGCAGCAGCAGCAGCAGCAGCACCAGCAGCAGCAGCAGCAGCAGCAGCAAUCGGGCUGCAGUCGAGGAAGAAGUGAAGGUGUUUAUCUUUCUGCUGCUGCAGAGCAGCAGCUGCUGCUGCAGGCUCUCAAGUCGCUGCUGCGUGCUGCUCGUCUGACUGCAGCAGCAGCAGCAGCAAACACAGCAGCAGGAAUAGAGCUGUCUUUGGCGUUGAUGCAUGCGCUUGGAUUGGCAGCCUCAGCAGGUCCCGUGGUGGAGCAGCUGGUGGCAGCAGAUAUGGGUUCUUUGCUGCUGCUGCAGCAGCCGCUGCUGCAGCAGCUGCUAGCUAAAGCAGCAGCAGCAGAGACGCAGCAGCAGGAACGCCUGUACACCCAAAUGCUUAUUCAAUUCGAGCCGCAGCUAACUGUGUUCCCGCUGCUGACGAGCCUAGAGAGUGAGGGCAGUGCAGCUCUGGUGCGUGCAGCAGCAGCAGCAGCAGCAGCAGCAGCAGCAACACACGGAUCUCUAUUGAAUGAAGCAUGCAUGCUGCAGCAGCAGCUGCAGCAGGUGUCUGUACACCUGGGAGAGCGGUGGUUUGCUGCUCUUGAUGCAGCAAGUCACCUGGCCUUCGAUCAGCAGCAAACUGCUGCUGCUGUGCAGCUGCUGCUGCCGCUACACCAAGACACACUCAAAGGACCCAAGUCGCGGGCUGAUGCUGCCUUUCUGCAGCAGCAUGGAGCUGAGCUGCAGCAAGCCUAUAGCGGCCUCAAGAGAUACCUAGCCUUGGGUAAUAUAUAUACACACCAGCAGCAGCAGCAGCAGCAGCAGCAGCAGCAGCAGUAG